AUGGUCCACCUGCGCGCCUGCGAGGUCCGGCAGCUGCUGCACAACAAGUUCGUGGUGGUCAUGGGCGACUCGGUCCAGAGGGCCGUGUACAAGGACCUGGUGCUCCUGCUGCAGAAGGACCGCCUGCUGUCGUCCAGCCAGCUGAAUGCCCAUGGCGAGCCCAGUUUCGAGCAGGACGUGCUGCUGGAGGGCGGCCGGCGGCGCCGCACGCACCAUGGCUCCCACUACCGCGAGGUCCGCCAGUUCUGCUCGGGCCACCACCUGGUGCGUUUCUACUUCCUCACGCGCGUGUACUCCAACUACCUCGCGGAGAUCCUCGGGGAGCUGCGGCGGGGCGAGCACCCCCCGGACUUAGUCAUCAUGAACUCCUGCAUCUGGGACCUCGCGAGGUACGGCUUCCACAGAGGCUACCGCGAGAACCUGCAGAGGCUGUUCAGCCUCCUGGACCGGGUGCUGCCCGUGUCCUGCCUCCUGGUGUGGAACACGGCCAUGCCGGUGGCCGAGGUCGUCUCCGACAGCUUCCUGCCGGCCGAGCACCAGCUGCAGUGCUCCCGCCUGUGGGAAGACAUGCUGGAGGCCAACUUCUACGGCGCGGCCGAGGCCAGCAGGCACGGCUUCGACGUGCUGGACCUCCACUUCCACUUCCGGCACGCGGAGCAGCACCGGCAGCGCGACGGCGUGCACUGGGACGAGCGCGCGCACCGCCACCUCUCCCAGCUGCUCCUGGCACACGUGGCGGACGCCUGGGGCGUGGACCUCCCGCGCCGCCACCCGGCGGGCAGGCGGGUCAGGGAUGCCCGCGCCCGUGAGAGUCGACGCCCGGCAGAGGGUAGGCAGCCCAGGGACCACAGAGGUGACCCGGACGAGCAGGCCUUGCCUUCGUCUCCGCCCACGUCCACGAGCUACCGCAACUCGCGGCGACCAUCUGCGCCGUACCCCCAGGACCAACCUUUGUGUCCGAACUACAGACAGGGCGUCCAUGUGCCCUCGCACUCACCGGUCCAGCACCGGCAGUUCUCCAGGCACUCUCCACCGCGCCACGUGCGAUAUCGCGAAGCGAACGUGAGGACUGGCCCCGAGCCGCAUCCGGACUCCGUCCGCAGACCCGCUACCCAGCACCGAAGCAGAGGGAACCCUCCGUACCCUCCCCGGAGCCCCAACAGGCCACGCAGACACCGGCGAAGGCACACAGACAGACAGACCCACGAGUGGCAAGGCCUCAGGAGCCAGACCUAA